CAGAGGUUGGAUAAAAAAAAACAGAGCAAGAAGAGAUAGUGAAGUAGUGAUGUAGGUGCUGCUAAAAUCUAGUGUUGGCUUUUUUUAAGGUUUUGGCGGUUUAGGUGGAUCUGACGCAACGCAAUGUACCCUUUUCUCUUUCCAAAUCUAUUUAUCACCUCUCAUCUCAUGUGAUUUCUCCACUGUGCUCUGUUUCUUUUUGUUCUCUCUCUCUUUAUUUAUCUUCCUUUCCUUUUCUGUUCACGAUUCUUUUCCUCCUACAUUGGAAAUUGGAACUCUUCUCUCUCUCUCUCUCUCUCUCUCUCUCUCUCUCUCUCUCUCUCUCUCAACGCAUGGAGUCUCUGGAACUUGCUCGUGUUUUUCUACAUUUACGAACAUCAUCAAUGCCAACUCAAGCUAAUAACAAUUCAGGGUUGAUGAGGCAACUGGGUUUCCCAUAUUUGCUGAAAAGAUCAACUAAAAAUGCAAACUUGCGAUCAUUUUCCAGCGACACUGAAGGUGGGGCUGCUGCUUCACAAGACGGGUCAUUUGCUUUUGAAGACGAAGCUCAACACCAACACCACAACCACCGUAAAGAAGAAACAGCUCUUGUAUUAGCUAGAGAGACUGAUGCUUUUGGCUAUCUAAUUGGGAACAUUACUAAAGAAGAUUCAACUAGCGAUGAAGUUGAAAAGCCUGAGGCUGAGGAUAUAGAAGAAAAGAAAGCUGAGACUAGAGUAUCCUUCAACAUUGUUUUUGUUACUGCUGAAGCUGCACCAUAUUCAAAGACCGGUGGUCUUGCAGAUGUUUGUGGUUCUUUGCCAAUAGCACUGGCAGCUCGUGGACACCGUGUUAUGGUUAUCUCUCCUAGAUACAUUCAUGUUCCUUCUGAGGAUAGUAAGUUUUCUGGUGCAGUUGAUCUUGAUCACUGCAUCAAAGUAUAUUGCUUUGGAGGUAUUCAAGAAGUUGGCUUUUACCAUGAGUAUAGGGAAGGUGUUGAUUGGGUAUUUGUGGAUCACCCCUCAUUCCAUAGACCAGGGAAUCCAUAUGGGGACAAGUAUGGGACUUUUGGGGAUAAUCAGUUUCGGUUCACUUUACUUUGCCAUGCAGCAUGUGAAGCUCCGUUGGUGCUUCCAUUGGGAGGAUUCACUUAUGGAGAAAAAUGUGUGUUCCUUGUUAAUGAUUGGCAUGCCAGCCUAGUUCCAAUACUUUUGGCAGCAAAGUAUCGUCCACAUGGGGUAUAUAAGGAUGCACGCAGUAUAUUAGUAAUACAUAAUAUUGCCCAUCAGGGAGUUGAACCUGCAAUUACAUAUAGUAAUUUGGGGCUACCUCCAGAAUGGCGUGGAGCACUGGAAUGGGUUUUUCCUACUUGGGCAAGGACACAUGCUCUUGACACAGGUGAAGCUGUCAAUUUUCUUAAAGGUGCCAUUGUUACAGCAGACAGGAUACUAACAGUGAGCAAGGGUUAUUCCUGGGAGAUAACAACUAGUGAAGGUGGAUGUGGUCUACAUGAGCUAUUAAGCAGUCGCAGAAGUAUUCUCACUGGGAUCACAAAUGGAAUUGAUGUUACUGAAUGGGACCCGUCAUCUGAUGAACAUAUUGAUUGCCACUAUUCCGCUGAUGAUCUUUCUGGGAAGGUCAAAUGCAAGAUUUCUUUGCAGAAGGAAUUGGGCCUUCCACUGAGGCCUGAUUGUCCAUUGAUUGGAUUCAUUGGAAGACUAGACUACCAGAAAGGUAUUGACCUGAUUCGCUUGGCAAUUCCAGAGCUCAUGGAAGAUGAUGUUCAGUUUGUAAUGCUUGGCUCGGGAAACCCUAUUUAUGAGGAUUGGAUGAGAGUAGCUGAGUCAGCUUAUAAAGAUAAAUUUCGGGGUUGGGUUGGAUUUAAUGUUCCAAUAUCUCAUAGAAUUACUGCAGGCUGUGAUAUACUGUUAAUGCCAUCCACAUUCGAGCCCUGUGGACUAAAUCAGUUGUAUGCAAUGAGAUACGGAACUAUACCAGUGGUUCAUGAAACUGGGGGACUAAGGGACACUGUUCAAAAUUUUAAUCCAUUUGCUGAAGGAAGCAAUGCUGAAGGCACAGGGUGGACGUUUUCUCCACUAACAAAGGAGAGCAUGUUAACGGCUCUAAGAUAUGCCAUUCAAACAUACAAUGAACAUAAGUCUUCUUGGGAGGGCUUGAUGAAAAGGGGUAUGACAAGAGAUUACACUUGGGUAAAUGCUGCCACUCAAUACGAGCAAGUCAUUGAAUGGGCAUUCAUCGAUCCUCCCUAUUGCUGAAAGCAGUAACGAAGUUUUGCAUAAAGCAUACAAGAUUAAACCAAGAUUUUCUUUCAAUAUCCAGCUACUUAUGAGGAUUUUCAUGUUCAUAAUUGUCAUGGCCGAGUGAUCACAGGAAGGAGGCCUUUUGUUGUAAUUUUACUAUGAAAAACAUAAUUUUUCCCUUCCUUUUUGUUAAGGGGUGCACAUAUCUUUACCCAUCUUGGGUUGUAUUCUUUGAAGAUAUGAUAGGUACAUACAUAAACUCAGCUAGUCCUCGUGGAACUUUUUAUACUGAUUGGAACUCCACGUUGUUUGUA